AUGGAUCUACCGGAUGAUGAUGUUCCCCUAGGUCUAAACAUAAAAGCUAAAAUUUAUCGGAAAGAACACAGAGUAAAAGCUUCCUUGAUCGGCGAAGUCAAAAAAUCAUCCGUUCCUGCACCUGUGGAUGAAUUCUCGAAAUUGGCCAAAAAGCCUCACACUUUCGUUCCUGGUCUAUUGGAUAAUCUUCAGAAGUUGGAAUACAACGUUCCUACACCGGUUCAAGCCCAAACCAUACCAAUUAUGCUCAAGCACUACAACUUAAUUGCAUGUGCACCCACGGGUUCUGGCAAAACGGCAGCCUACUUGUUACCUAUCCUGAAUGAGUACAUACGCAUUGUGGACCCACCUCAAGAGUGUCCCAGGGUGACAGCGUCAAAAACAGAAGAUUCAAGCAUCCAACCACAUAAAAUCCAACUUUUCGGCUUAAUUCUGGCUCCAACUCAAGAGCUGGUGCGCCAAAUAUGGUCUGAAGCAAUGCGGCUUUCCCUCGGAUUAUCUGAAAAACAUUUUUUGGCAUGUCUUAAACGAAAACAUUACGCUGACCGUGGAAAAAACAAACAUUCCAAAGCAAAGUCCCUCGGAGGAAUAGAAGGACAUCCUGGGGUUGAGUCCAAAAGCUCACCACUCCAAAAACGAGUUCGUGAAUUCCGACUACCGCGCAGUACACGUAUCCUCGUUGCUACACCGUGUCGUAUGGGCACGCUUUUAUCCCUGGACGCGUCCCAGUGUCCAUUUGAUCUUUCUAGACUUGCUUGGCUUAUCAUCGACGAGUGUGAUAAAAUGCUGCAAAUCGAUUUGACUCGCGCUGGUUCGAAUUCGAGCAAGAAACCGCGAAGACCACGUAGCUUUCGCGAUCAGAUGGCUCCUAUUUUUAGCGCCUUUUCAGCAAAAUCAGAUUCACUGAUUGUGAAUUCCACCACCCCUCUUGUCGCUCUUUUCUCGGCCACCGUCCCGGAUGAAGUGAGACAAUGGGCUCGUGAAGAAUUGUCACAAUUCGUCUCAGGCUCGUCCGACGAUGGUAUUGCUGGUCGCGGUCGGCUGAUUGAGCUGUUUGUUGGAAAGCGCGAUUCGGCAGUGUCGACUGUAAGUCAAGAAUUGCGCUAUUGUGCGACGGAAGAAGGCAAACUGUUGGAAAUGCGUUGUCUGUUGAUUCGCGGAUUGACCUAUCCCUGUCUGGUGUUCAUGGAAUCAAGAGAACGAGCCAAAGAACUGGUCAAGGAGAUCCUGUUGUCUGACUCUGACGUGCUGGCUAAUGUGAUUUCGAGUGAUAAAACCGAAGCUCAGCGUGCGGCAGUCAUUCGGGCGUUUCGAGAAGGCCAAUUGAAUGUGUUGGUCUGCACAGACUUACUCGGACGAGGAAUUGAUUUCAAGGGCGUGAGUAUGGUUGUCAACUAUGAUAUGCCUCCAUCAAAAGAAGAAUAUAUUCAUCGGGUUGGUCGCACUGGGCGUGCUGGACAUCGCGGUAAGGCAAUUACUUUGUGGACCGACGCGGAUCUUCCCUACAUGGGUGGCAUAUUGAAAGUGAUCCGUCGCAGUGGUUCCGAAGUUGAUCCAGAGCUGGAGCGACUAGUGAAUGACUGGCAGAAACGACGAGCAAAACUGCUCCUCGGUAAUCGAAGCAAAGUGGAUGGAGAGGAUUUGAAUGUCACCUCAAAUAUGAUCAUCAGUCGUCGUAGGGGUGAACGACGCCUUCUCCACGAGAUCCUUCAUCAAAAUCAAUCUGAGAGCAGUUCCCACGACGGAAGUAGGAGCAAUCUAAUUCAGAAAAAUUCGUGA